UUGCGGUGCUGGAUGCCUCCAGAGUCUCUCAGUCAGCGCUGAAGUCGCGAAGCCGAAGGCGGGAGCGAGCGAACGUGAAAGCAAGAAAGAGCGAAAGCGAGAUUAAGAGCGCCGCGCGGCACUCGGACUGCACCGCAUCGUACCGCCCCACGGAGCGCCAUGGACUGCAGCAGCGAAGACUGCAAUAAGCAGCAAGAUGAGGAAGUGCUGGACAUUCCAUUGGAUGACCCAGAGGCAAAUAAAGCAGCAGCAAAAAUCCAGGCCAGCUUUCGCGGCCACAUGACCAGAAAGAAGAUCAAAAGUGGCAAACCUGGAGAAGAGGCACAGAAGAGAGGAAAGAAAGCAAAGUAGAAGAAGAAGGUGCGUCUGCCCCCGAACAGAGAGAGCUAUCCUUCUACGGGGUGCGAGGUGGAAGUGACAUAACGGAUCUUUUAAUCUGAAGAACAAUUUCUUUCAAUUACCAGGAACCUUUCGAUAUUUACCAGUUGUAACAAAUCAGUUCUGAGAUGUUUUGUUAUACUAUAAAAGAAUUUUCUUCUUUCCUGCUGCCCAUAUAAAGAUACAGAGCGAGAACCCAUGCCUGCUGUCCAAUUGGCCCUUGCGUCUGCUGCCUUUAAGGUCAUGUUUUUUUGGUUUUUUUUUCAGAACACUAGUUGCACUACACAGUAACUGCAAAGCCAAAUCCCAUUGUGAACAUUGUGUACCUGUCCAUAUCACUCUAAAGGCAAACUUCUGCUUUCUACCAUCUUUAAUGGUGAAUACACCAUUUCUAAGCACUUUAUUCUGCAUGUAUUUGUCUGAUGGUGUCUGGGGAGACUGGUGGACCUCACACAUUGGAUAGUAUCUUUCUGUUUUUGUAUGAUAGCUCGUAAGAGACAGCCAUAGGCCUUCUAUCCUCUGCUACAUAAGGAUUCAUCAUGUUAAAUUUGAAAUUGGAGAGCUCCCUUUUGUAUGGCCCUUGUCUGCCUUUAGCACAUUGGUUCCCACUAAAGUACGGACAAGCCUUUUGGCCUGGUCUUUUUGUGAUGUUAACUAUUUGCUGUGUUUUAUUUUCUUUGCAAAAUAAUGAAAUCGUAAUCCAGAUGGGCAUAGACUACAGUGCAGGAAAGCAGAUGCCACGUUACAGUCGUGCAAAUCCUUGGGGCCUCCUAUAGCAAUGUUUAAAACAGUUUGAGGCAAGUUUUCCACAGCAGGGCUCAUAAAGGCAGCUGUUUGCAAAUGUGUGUGCUCCUUUACUUUCUUAGUUUGAUUCUUUUCGUUCAUAUUUUUCUCUCAUUCCUUUCUUGAGUUGGUUGCCUUUCUACUAGCAUUCUGGUUGCUGCUUGUCUUUUUCCCUUUAACAUUGUGUAACAUUUCUAAUUUUGUAUCCUGUACUCUGUUAUCCAAAGUAACUUACAGAUCACAAAUCCUUGAAAAGGAUAUCAUAGAAACACGCCUGCCAUAUCACAGGCGCCAUUGUAAAACUGUUUCAUGGUCUUAAAGCCAACUAUAUAAAUGGCAUGCUUGCUCAUGGCCUCUUUGCUCCUUUGUCCUGUUUCUGUUUACCUUCAUUUUUCUCUCUUCCUUCAAUUCUAUUCAUUCAUUAUUUUAUGACCUCAGUAUCCUGUUCAGGUUGACAAAGUUUUAAAAACCUUACCGAGCAGGGUAAUGGGUGCAAGGCAGGGGCCAGUCCUGGGUGGGAUGCUACUGUAGGAGACAUGCUCAGACAUACUGGGCCAGUCACUCUCAUGCCCAUUUUCCAGCUUCUGUUACUCUGAUUACAGACAGCUGUUUCUUUUUAGGAGAACAGUCCCAUUUGCUUUCCUUUCCAACUAUUCCUGGCUGCAAAGGGCACAUGGCAGGAACCUUCUACUCCAUUUCAGGACACACUCUUGCACACACCCACACCAGGUCACUUUAGAGUUACUUAGAAUUAAGUUUCAGUUUCUUCUUCAAGACAAGACCCAUUCAUUGAUGGGACACCAAGCCAUUGCAGGGUUCCAGUCACACAUUCAUCCACAGUGGCCCAAGUAGAGUUGCCAGCUACUUCUUUUCUAAUUCCUUGUUUCCUCUCCAGUUCCUUAUCCCUUAUAUCUCAUUUCGUUUUCCUUUAUUAAGAUGUAAUUUUUCCGCUGUAUGACUUUCUUUCUACCCUUCCAUCCAUUUUCCAAGUAUGUCUUAGAGGGCAGUGGGGAACAGGGUAAAAUGGGCACAAAUUAGGAACCUGCCAGGCUUUGGCAUGGCACACACACAUCUUUCUAUGUUGUAAUUUAACCGUUGUUAGUAGAAUAAUUCAGUAGGUGGCAGCCAAAAAAUCAGCCACACAUAGUGUCUUUUGAAAUGCAUGGUCUUUUUUGCUUGCUGUCAAGACACCUGCCACACACGCCAUGCCCCUUUUUCUUGAAAACAUUGAUUACUGAUUAUGGGCAGCAUCCAGAAAUCAAUAACAUAAAAAAAUAGCCUUGAACAUAUCCAUAGUCAUUUUUUCUGUUAUUCCUUGGCCACUCACUCUUUAUGGCUUCUCAUGUCUCUGCCUGUCUGCCAUAUUUCUUUUUAUUGUUGAUACUUUUUUUCUCCCCACUGCCCUCCUUUACACUUUGCUUCUCUCUCACACAGUAGCUCAUUUAUGUGUAUUUCUCUCCUUCCAAAUGGCCCAAUCUCUUUGUCCGUUUUACUCCAUAUUUCUUUUCAUACCUUUUCUUUUUGCAUCCCCACCUAUCCUAUACAGUGUGCAAUUAUGACUAAUGUUUAAGGCACUGAACCUGACAAUCCAAACUCACAAUUUCAGUUGCUGAGCCUGUCACCCUUGUUGUAUGUGAUUCAAAUGCCAACUCUUUGUGUCGUACGGGUCAUGGUGUGACAUUCAGCCUGAAGGGCACCAUUUCAUGCUAAAUAAUGUCUUUUCAAUGAGCCUCUGUUCUUUUCACUUUUCCAACACUCUUCAUUUUCCUCUCCCUUUUCCAUCUGCCUGUCUCUUUCCGUUGUCUCACACUCUCCUCCCUCCUCCGUAGUUCUCCUUCUGCAUGUCUUGUUCAGCCAAUCCUGCACUCAUGGUUGCAGAUGGGAUUUUUUUUUUUUUUAUUCAGUCUGCUUUAGGGUCAGCCAAUUAUCUACAUCGAUGCACAUCAGCAAAGGACAUAAAACACGAGAUUGCCCCUGCCUAUAGAUGUUUAUCACAAGAUUGCUGUCUGUUUCUCUAUGACAAUGACUUUGGGUCAGGGUAGAACGAGCCUGGUUCACCAGCACUGAAUAUGUCAUGAAUGGGCGCCAGGAAAGGGGACUUUUUCUCUCCCUCUCCCUGUUUAUUUUUCUUUACUAGAGUUCUGUCGGUCAAAUGCACCCUCAGCACCCAGUGCAUCAAGUGGAAUGGACUGCAUCCUGUAUGCAUGCUGCAUGAGUAACCCUCUGAGAAUGAUGUUCACAUGUGAACCCCGAAUGGAGUCCUUAUUAAAAGAUGACAUUUUAA